AUGGUGAAGAUUUGCUGUAUUGGAGCUGGCUAUGUUGGUGGUCCAACAAUGGCUGUGAUUGCUUUGAAGUGUCCUGAGAUUGAGGUAGCUGUGGUGGACAUUGCUGCGCCAAGAAUCAAUGCUUGGAACAGUGAGCACCUACCUAUAUAUGAGCCUGGUCUUGAGGAUGUGGUGAAGGAGUGCAGAGGAAGGAACCUUUUCUUCAGCACUGAUGUUGAGAAGCAUGUUGCUGAGGCCGAUAUCGUCUUUGUUUCGGUGAACACUCCUACAAAGACUCAAGGUCUUGGAGCUGGCAAAGCGGCUGAUCUUACUUACUGGGAGAGUGCUGCUAGGAUGAUUGCUGAUGUUUCGAAAUCUGCUAAAAUUGUUGUUGAGAAAUCAACUGUUCCGGUUAAAACAGCUGAGGCGAUUGAGAGGAUUUUGACUCACAAUAGGAAGGGUAUUAAUUUCACAAUUUUGUCUAACCCUGAGUUUCUUGCAGAGGGUACAGCUAUCAAAGAUUUGUUUAAUCCGGAUCGUGUUCUUAUCGGAGGUAGGGAAACUCCUGAGGGUCAAAAGGCUAUCCAUACUUUGAGAGAUGUUUAUGCUCAUUGGGUCCCUUCGGAUCGAAUCCUUUGCACCAAUUUGUGGUCUGCUGAACUCUCGAAGCUCGCCGCCAAUGCUUUUUUGGCACAGAGAAUCUCCUCUGUGAACGCCAUGUCUGCACUAUGCGAGGCAACCGGUGCUGAUGUCGCCCAGGUUUCUCAUUCAAUCGGCACUGAUUCGAGAAUUGGACCAAAGUUCUUGAAUGCUAGUGUUGGUUUUGGUGGAUCAUGCUUUCAGAAGGAUAUUCUGAACUUGGUCUAUAUCUGUGAGUGCCACGGUCUUCCCGAGGUUGCUAACUACUGGAAACAGGUCAUUAAGGUGAAUGACUACCAGAAAUCUCGAUUUGUGAACCGAGUUGUUUCUUCCAUGUUCAACACUGUGUCAGGAAAAAAGAUUGCCAUUUUGGGAUUUGCUUUCAAGAAGGACACCGGUGACACUAGGGAAACUCCCGCAAUUGAUGUGUGCAAGGGUUUAUUGGGAGACAAGGCUAAGUUGAGCAUAUUUGAUCCUCAAGUUUCUGAAGAGCAAAUCUUGAAGGAUUUGGCAAUGAAGAAAUUUGAUUGGGAUCACCCUGCUCAUCUUCAACCUACAAGCCCAACAACUUCCAAAAAAGAAGUUACUGUCGUCUGGGACGCGUACGAGGCGUUAAAGGAUGCACAUGGUAUUUGCAUUAUGACUGAGUGGGACGAGUUCAAGAACCUCGAUUACCAAAAAGUUUUCAACGACAUGCAGAAGCCUGCAUUUAUCUUUGAUGGAAGGAAUGUUGUGGAUGUUAAAAAGCUGAGGGAAAUUGGUUUCAUUGUUUAUUCCAUUGGAAAACCACUAGAUGCUUGGCUCAAGGACAUGCCUGCAGUGGCUUAA